GCCUCGAAUCGGUUGAUGUUUCUUCCCCGAUUCCCAGUUCGAUUCGAAUAUUGUUUAAAGAGGAAGUGAAGCGCGCAUUGUUUAUUAACCGAAUGUGAGUCUGAAAUCCAGACUAAAGUGCCUUUGUGUGUGUGUGUUUUUAUACGGAAAAGUGUCGCCUUACUUAAAUUCUGGCAUGCCAGUCAUGAUCUUGGCUCACAGCCGGCACCUUGAUGACGCAUUUCUUGGCAAGCGCAGAUCCACAUAAACGACUAAGACAAUUUGUAUUUGUAUCUGUAUCUGUGACUGUGUUACCUAGCAAAAGAUGCUCGUAAAAACGCUUGGCGCGCAUUUUGCAGCCGGGCUAUAUGCAAAAAAAUGCAGCUGCUCCGCUCUGCUGAUUCCCCUGCUGUUCCCUGUACUACUCCUGAUUUCAAGCCCCUUGCCGGUAAGCAGUCAUGUCUCAAGUGGAGGAUCGCCAGCGGAAUCCACGACCGAUCCCCACUUUGUGAUGGUCAACAAAUGCUGCGAAAAGUUCGAGAUACACGUGGACGGCGAGUGCCAGCAGGUCAACGAAACGGACUACUUCCAACCUAUGUUCACCAACAUUGGAGGGGAGCCAAGCCGCCCCAAAGGCAUCAAGUUCGUCAUCGGCAUUCCCAACUGUGGAUCCAUGCAGAUGUGGCCCAUAUACCACUACACAGGGAGCUCUGAUAAGCUACAGCUACUGAGCGAUGGCAAGCUAAGGCAUUACACCAAUGCAGAGAAUGAGGAGGAUGAGCGUCAUGGAGUAGAAUCGGAUUAUGAGGAGGAUAUUGCCGGCAGUCUGGAGCCAAGGUAUCACGACUACGACAAUGGAUUGUACUGCAUCGACAAGGCCGUUUCGAAAACUGGAGAACAGCUGGUCUACUUCGCCAAGAUAUGUUUGGCUCGCAAGGAGAUCAAGUGGAGUGAUUCCAACUUUCUGCUCCGCAAGAUCUUGAACCCCAUAUUCCAUGGCAUCUCGCUCAUUAUCCUGCUGGUUAUUGCCAUCAUCUACUUUAUACUGCCCACACUCAGCAGAGAUCUGGUGGGCAACAUUGUGACAACGAUAGCCAUGUGCCUGAUGGUCAGCCAGGCGGCGGAUCUGGUGCGAAUCUUCACCGAGCUGACCAGCCAUGUUAGCUUCAUUGUGGCGGACAUUAUCCUGUGCUUCAGCCUGCUGGCAGCCUUCUUUUGGCUGAACAGUUUCGGCUUCUACAUCUGGAAGACUUUUCGGUCGAGAAACGUCUUUCUGCGGGUCACGGAUGGCAGGAAGUACUGCUACUACUCGGCCUAUGCCUGGGGUUGCACGGCUACGAUGGCUGCAUUGGCUGUCUUUGCACAUUUCUUCCUAGACGCAGACUCCUACAAAAAGGAGCAGAUGGUGGGAGAGCAGGAGACGAUCGGCUGGCUUGGCAUCUGCAUAUUUUUUGCGCCAAUCGCUUGUACCAUUUUGGUGAACAUAUUCUUCUAUGUGACCACCAGGAAGCUGAUCAACCGUCGGACGGUCUAUGGCCGAAUUGCGCACAAGCUGAAAGCCAACUUCAUCAUGUUCUCGCUGAUGCUGUUGGUUAUGUCGAUAGCCUGGCUGUUCCUCAUCAUGUCCUGGCUGCAGCUGGAAGGCCUGCUAUAUGCCCACAUCGUGGUAAAUGCCCUGCAGACACCGCUGCUACUCUACAUCUGCGUGCUGCGCCAGCGACAUGUAACCUUCCUGCUAAAAAAGACGUGUUGCUACAAUGAGCCACCCUCGGCGAAUGACUGGGGCGAUGAGCUCCACUACAUGAACGGCAACGACUACUGAGAAGCCACCGUCCACACUAAUUUAAGUGUUUUCGUAGUUUAGCAAUGUCCAACAUUGAGAUUUGUACUUAAUUUUAACUAAUUUAUGCUGUACGAGAUAUUAAUUAAAAGAAAAGUCUGACACUCA